AUGCCCCAAAGUCCUGACCAGGAGAUUGUCAACACGUUCGAUUUCCCGCAAGGAUCAGUGGGCGAGCACACGUCCUCGCCCUCUCCACAGCCCUCUCUUUAUACUUUAACCGAUUCAAUUAGGGAGCAAAGUGUCCAUUGGGAGUAUGGUCUCCCAGUAAGUUCUCUCUCUGAAAUAUACAAAUUUCCAGUGAACGAGGAAGAACACCGGCGGCAAGAUAAAGGGCAUAAUCUUUUCAAAAUUCUCGCUGGUGAAUAUGUGCCACCGUUAUAUGAGGUGCUUGCGGAUGACCAUGAUCCUCUCAAUCCGAAAACAUGCCUUGAUCUAGGCUGCGGCACGGGUACUUGGAUACUUGAAGUUGCAUCCGCAUUUCCUCACGUUUAUUGUACAGCUGUCGAUCUAGUUCCUCUUCCAGCAAGGACUCCAAUUCCGUCCAAUUUUCGAUUUGAAAUUGAUGAUAUUAGUCUUGGGCUAGAGCAUUUUGCAGGCCAAUUUGACGUCGUACACGUGCGAAUGCUAUCCUCUGGUGUCAGGGACUAUUACCGCUUAAUUGACGAUACGGCUCUCGCUCUUCGAUCACGCGGGCUUGCGGAAUUCUGUGAGUGGGAUUGGCGUUUUUUCGACAUUGAGAAGCGAGCACUCGUUCCCACCAUGGCCGAGAUAUGGGGUUCUAUAGUUCAACCCGAAGGCUGGAAUCGUCUAGGCACGGCUCGUUCGGCACGCACCCCAAACAAGCGAGGUUCUCAUCGUGACGCAGGUCCAUUGUUGCACCUUUGGAUAUCCGAACAUCCCUCAUUUGAAGACAUUGUGUACCGUGAAAUCUGGAUCCCUUUUGGUAAUUGGAUGUACAAUGAAGAUCUGCUGAGGCAUCCUUCAUUCAGAGACUUGUCUGCAGAUGACCUUGAGACGCUUCGCCAGGCUGGCAAGGUUAUGGCCGAAGGUUUUCCUGUAGGUGGCUUCCGCUAG